AUGGGGUACUCAACGCCGACGGCUGUUGCCCCUCAUCGACUCAAUGACUAUUUCAGCUCGCAGCAUAAGAGGGAGAGUAGCUAUAACUCAGAUGGCUCCUUUGAUGCAUUAACCAACUUGCAGCCCCGUCGCUCACUCGUUCCUGGCAUUCGCCGAUAUCCCACGCGCAAAAUUAAGCUGGUGCAGGGUUAUGUCCUAAGCGCUGACUAUCCAGUGCCAAGCGCUAUUCAAAAUGCUGUCCAGAAACAAUACCGAGAGUCGACAGAACUUGCCGAGGAGUUCUCCCAGAUCAGAUAUACCGCUGCUACGUGCGACCCGGAUGAAUUUGUGAUGCGAAAUGGCUACAAUCUUCGCCCGGCCAUGUCCAACCGGCAUACCGAAUUGAUGAUCGCAAUUACUUGUCGAGGCGAGAAUAAGGUUUUGACUGCGCGGACCCUUCAUGGAGUAAUGCAGAACAUUCGCGAUAUCACCAAUCUUAAGAAGUCGGAAUUUUGGGGUCAAGGAGGACCAGCUUGGCAGAAGAUUGUUGUCUGCUUGGUCUUCGAUGGAAUUGACCCUUGUGACAAGAACACGCUUGACGUAUUAGCGACGAUCGGUAUCUACCAGGAUGGGGUGAUGAAGAGAUCAGUGGACGGCAGAGAGACUGUCGCGCAUAUAUUUGAAUAUACUACGCAAUUGUCUGUCACACCAAACCAGGAACUGGUUCGACCGCACGGGAACGAGUCCACUAAUAUCCCCCCAGUCCAAAUGAUCCUGUGUCUGAAACAGGAGAGCAGCAACAAGAUCAACUCGCAUCGUUGGAUCUUCAACGCAUUUUCUCGCAUGCUAAACCCGGAAGUAGUGGUCUUACUCGAUGCGGGUACCAAGCCCUGCAAGCAAUCCCUUCUUGCAUUGUGGCAGGCCUUUUAUAACGACAAGAAUCUCGGCGGUGCUUGCGGCGAGCUCCACCCCGUCCAAGACAAGAAAAGUAUCCUCAAUCCCUUCGUCGCUGCCCAGACUUUCGACUUGAAACAAUCGAACCUUCUCGAAAAGCCACUGGAAAGUGUCUUUGGGCACGUUUCCCUGGGCGAAUUUUCCGCAUACCGCUAUCGAGCUAUCAUGGGCCGACCGCUUGAACAAUACUUUAAUGGCGACUUGACACUAUCUAAAAAGCUCGGAAAGAAAGGAUUUGACGGCAUGACUAUCUUCAAAAAGAACAUGUUCCUCGCGGGUGAUCGCAUCCUAUCAUUUGAAUUGGUAGCUAAGGCCGGGUUCAAGUGGCACUUGACUUUUGUCAAGGGGUCCAGGGGAGAGGUUGAAGUCCCGAGCGACUUUGCAGAGUUCAUCACCAAGCGACGCCAGUGGCUCAAUGGAUCUCUGGCAGCGAAUCUCUACGCUUUCAUUCAUUUUGGUCGACUUUAUCAGAGUGGCCACAAUGUGCUGUAUUUGGCAUUCCUCCACCUACAAAUGAUCUACCAUUUUGCCAAAUUUGUGAUGAGUUGGUUUUCACUGGCAUCUUUUUUUAUGAUCACUUCGGUCAUUAUGGGCCUUGUGGGCACACCGAAUGAAGCGAAUAACCAACAAGCGUGGCCGUUUGGCAAUGAAGCUUCGCCAAUCGUGAACAACUUCCUCAAAUACGGCUAUGUCCUGCUUUUAGGCUUGCAAUUUAUCUUGUCCCUCGGAAAUCGCCCCAAAGGAUCUCGCCUAGCCUAUAUCAUCUCGUUCACAUACUUCCCGCUAAUUCAGGUUUACACCACACUUUUGGCAUUCUACCUGGUUAGCCAGGCUACAAGAAAGCUAGUGGCCAACUCAGUGCUGUACGAAGAUGCGAUGCAAUCCGCAGUCUGGAACAACCUUGGCUCCAGUAUGGUUCUGAUAACCUCGGUUGCUACCUACGGAGCGCAUCUCGUUGCCAGUGUGCUAUAUAUGGACCCGUUACACGUUCUAACAUCUGCCUGGGCCUACUUUGCCGGAACAAUGUGUUCUUCCAACAUACUCAUGGUAUACGCCUUCUGCAAUUGGCACGAUGUCUCAAUCGGCACUAAAGUGGCGGACAAAAGCGAGUCUCUCCCGGAAGUUCAGACAAAGAAGGACGAGAAGUCAAAAUUCAUUGAAGAAUUGGAUAGGCCCCAAAUCGAUAUUGACACCCUCUUUCAAGCGACCGUCAAAAGAGCUCUGGCUAGCUUUGAGCCCCCAGACGAAUCGAAUGGGAAGGAUGUGGACGAUCUAUACAAAGCUUUUCGGACCUACCUUGUCCUUCUCUGGGUCUUCAGCAACCUCGCCAUGGUUCUUUGCAUUAUGAGCACUGGGAUCAGUCGUUUUUGUCUUUCGACACUACCCAAUAUCCGUAUCUGGAAUUAUCUUUUGGCUGUGGUCUGGGCAACAGUCGGGAUUUCACUGUUCCGUUUCGUUGGAUCGCUCUGGUUUUUGGCAAAGACGUCUAUUUUAUGCUGUGUCUCACGAAAAUAA